AGACCAAUCUAACAGAGACAGUGAUAUGCUAGCAUUGUCUUGAACAUCCUAGUCUGUAACCCAAGAUUUUUAAUGAACUUUCAGUAGCUAGUAGCUAGAGAGAGAGCUCAUUUCUUAGUUUUGGAGCCUUACAUAUAUAACCAAUGGCUUCUCUUACUUCAAUCAGCCUACACUCAACUUCACCAUUAGGAUUUGCUUCUAAACAUGAUCAUAGUUCUUGCAGCUGGCUCAAAGUGAAAUCAGUAAGAUCCACAAGGCAAGGAUUGUCAUCGCAGACCGUCCGACGGGGUCUGAAAAUUCGUUGUGCAGCAACAAAACAGGCCAAAUCACCAGCUGAAGAGGAAUGGAAGAUUAAGAGGGAGCUUCUGCUACAGAAAAAGGUAAGAAGUGUGGAUGCAAAAGAAGCUCUACGGCUCCAGAAAGAAAACAACUUCGUGAUUCUUGAUGUACGGCCUGUGAAAGAGUUUAAAGAGGCUCAUCCGCCGAAUGCUGUCAAUGUGCAAAUCUAUAGGCUUAUAAAGGAGUGGACAGCUUGGGAUAUCGCCAGGCGCGCUGCGUUUGCAUUUUUCGGCAUUUUUGCAGGCACAGAAGAGAACCCUGAGUUCAUCCAGACUGUGGAAUCAAAGAUAGAUAAGGGGGCAAAGAUAAUAGUGGCUUGUGCUGCUGGGGGUACAAUGCGACCAACCCAAAAUCUACCAGAAGGUCAACAGUCAAGAUCACUGAUAGCGGCCUACUUGCUUGUCCUCAAUGGUUAUACCAAUGUGUUCCACUUAGAAGGCGGACUUUACUCUUGGUUCAAAGAGGGACUGCCAGUAGAAUCAGAAGACGAAGAAGAGUGAAGAUGCAUUGGCAUCCAAAGGAAAUGAGCUCGUGUUUUGUCCCUAAAUGAGUGAGUGCCAAUGCAAGUACUAACAGCAAAAUCUCGUAGGUCUGUGUGGAAUUUGAAUGCGUUAUUGUUGUAAUGACAAGACCAACAAUAG